GCGACCGUCAAAUCGAAUGGACAACAGUGCGCGGGGGAAACCGUUAGAGUGGAACGGACAGAACGCGCACGAAUUGGAAUUGAACGAAACUGCGGCGCGCGGGAGCGAGGUUACCGGAUGCUCUUAGUCCGCGGCUUGGCCGUUUCAAUUGAGGAUGUUCGCUGGGAUGGACGUUAUCCCCAAAUCGUCGGCCUUCGCCUAUCGGCCGAGAUCCGCCUCCAGCAGCGAUCCUGGGCCUCGGGAGCAACACCCGCAGAAAAGAGAUCAUUGUAUUUCAAUAUUGACUGGAGUCAGUUCUUGCAAAAAGAAACUUUCAAAGAGACCAGGGUACAUGAGGAAAGAUGUUGAACAAACGUUACAUCACCCUCCUCUUGUCGGUGUCCACUUUGUAUCACAACAUGUCGAAAAUGAAAGAAAGACUUGUACCGACUUGUCUUUUAAUAAUAAUAAACUGGAGGGAUACUGUUUAAAUAAUCGUAAGCAUCUAAGGGAAGACAAAUUUGCAGAACAGCAAAUUACAGUUUCAAAUCACUUAACUGCUGGAAGUCCUGUAGUUGCAGCUUUUCAGCCAGCUAUGACCAUGUCAGAAAGCAUUCGGUGUUCUGAUUCUAACUGUCAGGGGACUGACGGUUGUGAUGGCUCCUGUCACACUGGAAUUAAUACUUGCUCCAAGCAUUUGCCAAUAGGCUGUCUACAGAAGCAGGAUGCUUGCCUCACACAGUGUGAAAAGGACAAGGAUAAUGAUGUAAGCAAGCCACAAGCUGUUACCAGUCCAAAUAAACGAGUGGAUUGUGAAAAUUUGCAAAAACUGCAGCCUUGGGACAAAGAUGAAGAAAUAAAUUCAGCUAAUGCCUUCAUUUCCAGCUUCAGUUUCAUACAAAUGUCAUUAAAUUGUCACAGUAUUAAUUCUGACAGUAAAGAACUACAGCAGAAUGGAUUUGUUUCAACUUUACAGCUUCCCCAAACUGAACUACAUUUGAAACAGUAUCAUGUUAAUACUUUAGCAACAAAUCAGUUCUGUCCCAAACCUUUAAGGGACAAUGUUGAGAUUCCUUGUUUGCACGUGUGUCAAAGUGUUGACAUUAAAUGUGGCACAAACACAGAAUCGAAGGACAGGCCUCAGGUUUAUGACUCACUCUCACUAGAUGCAGAGUUUCCAUUUCUGUGUUCAACUGAUUCUUCUGAUUACUCUUCUGGUUCAUCUGUAACUUCAGGGUAUGAGAGUAGCAUCACGGCUUUUGACCAGAAAUGUAAUUCCUUAUUGAGGAGGUAUGAAUUGAUUCUUCAAGAUUGCCUGCUUGAAAACAGAAUGACAUUAAAGCUUCAAUCUUUGAUCUUAAAACUGAAGAAUCUUCAGAAGAAGGCUAUACAGGACGAUGAUUAUGAGAAAGCUGACAAGUUCAACAAGAAAUUAGCAGAAUUGAAAAGGGAGAAGAGUUCCUUAAAGUUCCAGCUGCCUUCCUACCAUCCUUGUAUUGCAAGAUUUCUGCAAGAAGUUAAACUUCAAGCACAAGUUGUUGAGCACCAUAACAAUGCAGGUAGUUUACUGCAAAGUGUAGAAGAUAAAUAUUCAGAUUCAAAUCCUGAUAAUCUACAGAUAUCAUGGUCAAGGAGAAAACAGCUUAUCCUAGACAAACAACAAUUACAGGAAGAAAUCACUGAUCUUAAGGAACGACUGGCAGUAUUGGAAGCUAAAGACCAUCAGCUGAGUAUAGAAAUAGAAGAAGAAAGCAGACUCAUACACUCAUAUGAUUGUGAGCUUCCUUCUUUAUCAACUCUAUCGGCUAUUGAGUUACAAGAUCUGAGUAAGAUAUUGGAGGAUGUUAUGCCAUUACGAAAUAAAAUCUUCUUCAAUGCAGAGCUUCCUGAAGAUAUAAAGAGGCUUCAAAAGAAAGAACAAUCACUAAAUAUGGCUAUUAAGACAGCUACUACCAAGGUAUUCAGCAGCCAAAAAUUAUGCAGCAAUCUGAGAAAGAAAGUGAGCAACAUUGAAACACAACUUCCAACUCUAUUAGAAGCCAAAAUGUUAGCAAUAUCAGGGCACGAAUUCUCCACGGCUAAGGACCUUGCUGAGGAGAUCAAAUCUUUGACUUCUGAGAAAACUAGGUUUGAAGAACUUAUCAGUGACCUGCAGGAUUUAAGUAUUAAGAAUUCUCAGCAAGUUGAAGCUAUCAGGGAACAUUAUAGCAGUCUGAGGACUGAAGUGGAGCAGGAAGAAGAUUUAUUUGAGAAUAACCUAAAGGAAAAUGUUUUUAAAUAUAUGGAAGUCCUAGAAGACAAAUUACGUAGUUAUGGAAGCCAGCUGCUUGAGAAAGUGUGGGAAGCAGACUUAGAGGCCUGUCAACUCUUUGUCAGAGGUUUACAGCUUAAAGAGGGGAGUUAUCGUGCCUCUAAAAAGGAAGAGUUUCAAGCAGAUGAAGAGAAUGAGGCCAUAGAAGUUACAUGUGCAGAGGUUAAGGACACAAAGGACCAUGCCUUUCCAAGUAAACAAGAUUGGUGUGCAAUACGGUGUUCUGUUAUGGACCAAAAAGAAACUGAUCCAUCUGAGGUAUCAAUUAAGUGUUCUUUUAACAUCAAGGAUACACAGUCAGAGGUUGCCUAUAAGGGUUCUGCUGUGGACAUAGGAGAACAGUGUGAAAUAAUUAGUGACAGGCUGCUAUGUUUGGAAGGCCAGCUGCAAAUGGCAAUAAACAAUCAUGACGACAGUCUUUCUCAGUAUCUACAGAGAGAAAUCCAGAUGGUGAAAGAAACACUGCAGGCAAUGUUGAAACAGCUUUUGCCCUUAGGAAAGGAAGAAAAAGAAGAGUUAGGAGAUUUUGUAUUCAACAGCUGGUGACUGAAAAAGCAAUUACUUCAAGGCUUAAUACAUCUGAUGUUGGCUUAUAAUAUUCCACAUGAAGACACUUUUGUUAACUCUGUAAUGUCUUAGCAAACCCCAAAUUCAAUAAUUACAGUUAUAAAAAUACAAUAUUUAGUUAUUAUAAAGCACUUAAUUUAGUUUUCAAAAAUUCAAGGGCCAGAAUUUGAAUUUAAUGCCUUACAUCAAUAAUUGUUUCUAGUAUCAGCUUUAACCAAGUAAGAUCUUUCUAAUUGGCAUUCUCAAAUACUACAGACAAUGUUUAGAAAAUUCAAGUCUAAUGUACAACUUUCGAUGUUUUAUAUAACAAACAAUUGGAGCAGUUUCAAAAAUUUCUGCUGUUCUAAAAGGUAAACCUGCAAUAUUUUACUUUACUAAAUUAUUCUUAAUAUUUUCUGAAUGCCUGUUUUCAUCAAAACAAUUAAAGAAGAAUUAGGCAUUUUUUACUGAGCGCAGCUACAUCAUCACUUAGUUCAACAUAAACAAGUUUCCUCAAUCAGCUUUCUUAUUCAUACAGCACCAUUUUAAAUUUCGUUUAUUACAUUCAAGACUACACACAAAAAACAUAAACAAAACAUCUUAGCUUUCUUCUUGCAAGAUCGCAAGAGAUAGCUCCCUAGUUUUGCAGUAGAAGGUAGGAGGUGGUCCAGCUGGUGCCGUAAAAAUGCUUCAUGAUACAUAUAUUCAUAAUAUCUACUAAAGUAGCCCCAGGAUUCAUACCCCUUUUUCCUUACAGUACUGUUGGACACAACUUAACAUGAAUACUCUCAUAAUUGAGCCCAACAUUGGGACCAUAUUAUAAUGCCUACAUAUAUCAAGGAGACACCGGUUGGACUUUUACAACAGCCUGAGGAAAAAAAAAAAUUCAAGAUAAGUUUGUUUCAUAAAGGCUAACAGUUCAAGUUCUGAUGCACACUUAUUGGCCACAAAGGGUACUUCCACCUGCUGCACAAAGGACAGACUCCAUUCCCAUUAUUUUAUAAGGAUGAUUCACUUUUAAUCUGGAUUUAAGGAAAAUUUGCUAUUUCUGAUAGAAGCAAAAGUUAAGAGUACCUCAAGUAGUCCAGGCAGUGUCCAGAAUACUGGCUGUUGUCGAAGCUUCAUAUUCUCUACAUCAACUUUGGAUGGUAUUUCCCAAGUUCAUUGUUAAAGCAAAAAUUAACAGAGAAAGCUGCUGUUCUUGGGGCUACCAGCUGUAACAAAAUGCCUCUGGGUAAUACCAGUUGUGUGUUUGAUACAUACAUAGAUGACUGAUUCAUUCAAGCUGCCUCAUAAAUCACCAGAUAGCAAUUCAACAUAUCCGGACUACGUUUAGGAGGUGGAAGUCUUAGAUUGAGUCAGCUCAGGAUCUAAUUUUCUUGGGUGCAUUUUUCUAAAUAUUCUCCCUUCGUCUGAAUUGUUUUUAGACCCUUUGCUAAAAGAUAAUUGUCCAGAAUUUCCCUGGAAUAUCUGCCAAGCUCUCACCUUAACUCAGGCAAAAGACCAGUGGAACUCACCAGAAAAUGGCAGGGCAUCUAGUUGCGCUGGGUCCCUCUCAUUUCCAGACUUUACUGAACGGCAUUGGAAAGGACAGAAACACCUUUUACCCCUAACAAAGCCAAUAAUGUUGAGGGCAACCCUGGGCAUUGGAACUCCCUAUGCCAGAAAUUAGCAAGUCAUUGUUCAGUCUGGGCUCAUUAUGGGACUACAAGGCAAUUCACUGAAGGAUUUGAAGUGUCUCAGGCUCCUGAUGAGGGGUAUAUGGGCCCUAGCAGGGAAAUCAAGCUAAACGGAUGCUGAAUGAGAAACUUCAAAACCUGGGCAAAAUGUCCCAUCCCCCCACCCAACCUCGUCAAAUUUUCUUAACUGCAUGGGGCAGACAGGCACUAUUAGAAAUGUACCAGCUAGCCUCAUGCAAAUUAGAUGCCCUCCCACUGACGCUGCAAACGCUAGUUGGAUUAGAGUUGGAAGGAACUGAUGAGCGUAAUUCCAACAUGUAAGGUGGGAUAAUGGCCUGUGGAUUUUGGGGGCUAAUAUCUUCAACAGUGACUUCAUUGUCAGUGCCUGAGAUUGCUACAGUUGGUAGCAGCUAUCGUUGUCUACAUAAGACAGCAAUUUUUGAACAUCCUUGCGUAGUGAUUAUCCAUGCCGUAGAGAAUAAUGGUCAAUGAACAUCCAGCAGAAGAUUGAACUGGUAAUUCCAAGAUCAGAAAGAAGUUUCUAUACUAUUUACAGUUGUCAGAUUCCACUGAUUCUGCCCAGGUACUUGGAGGUCGAAUGUAGUAGUUCUGGCAGGCACUUUUCUCCUCAUGGUCAUGGGGAAUGGAAAUUAAUUGUGAUGUUCUGCUUUUGUUCACUUAUUCAGAACUGACAGAAGGUGCCUUACUAUAAGAAAUCUUUAUUGACAUUAUGUAUCUAAAAUGUUGUUUAUUUCAGUAGCACUUCCAGUAAAUAUUAUAUAGACCUUUGCAGAUGAAACAGACAUAAGUACUUUGUUCACUUUGCGUCAGUUCAGACUUUUACACAUGACAUGAUGACGACGCUAAUAAAGGAACACGAGCUGAUCGGAAGACAUACAGAAGAGACAAGGCACAGAAAAGAUUUACAGAAAUCAUUUCAAAGUAUCAGAAGAAGUCACAUCUUUUGUUGCAGAUGCCACAUGAAGAAAAGUUAAAGCCAUGCAGUGGAGAAAAUGAGUUAAGUACAGUAUGGGAGAGAAGUAGUUUUAGGAAUGGGCUAAACUUUCCUCCCAUUGGUGGAUUAGUAGUGUAGUGGGAACACUGUCCAUCCAUGUAAAUCCUUCGCUCACCUAUUGCACCUUAUUUGCUAGGCAUAGUGGGUUUAGAGCAUCAGUGCCAUUCCCAUUAGGUUUACUGCUGCUCAGUGGAAAGGAAAUGCAGUUCUGCUGUAGCCCGUUAAACUGCAGCAGCAUUUGAUAAAGGACGAGAGCUGUUUACAACUUCAGAUGAUCCAGGUACGAAGUAAUUUUGAAGUGUAGGCACUGUUGUAAUAUAGGAAAUGCAGCAGUCAAUUUAUACACCCAUAAACAGCAAUGAAAUAAUGACCAGGUAAUCUGUUUUAGUAUUGGUUGAGGAAUAAAAUAUUGGGCAGGACACCAAAAAGAGAACUCCCCUGCUUUGCUUUAGAUGGUCCUCCAGGAUCUUUUGGGUUCGCCUAAGAGGCAUCUCAGUUUAACAUCUCAUCUGAAAGAAGACACCAACAGUGCAGCACUCCCUCAGUACUCCACUGGAGUGUCAGCCUAAAUUUUGUGCUCAAGCCCUUGAAGUGAUUCUUGAACCCACUACCUUCUGAUUCGAGCGAGAGCGCUACCCACUGAACCACAGCUUACGCUUGAGGGCUUCCAGGUUUCUGAACAUAUCCAUGAUGGUUCAUUCUACCAGAAGUGAUAACCAUAAAAGCAAGACUAUGGUCACUCACAGUUGGAGGCAGAUCGUGCAGUCAGUGUGAAGGGAGCUGGUAGAAACAGCUCAGCCUGCACCAUCCAAAGAACUGCUACAUAGUGCCAGAAGAGGGUAAUGACCUCACAUGGUGGGGAAAGGGGGGUGGGGGGAACAUUUGUGCCAAUACAGACUUUCUACUAAAAUAGCCUUCACUCACUUGCUCAGGGAGAUUAGGGAUAGACAAUAAAUGCUGCCUUUGCCAGCCUUGUCUACAUCCAUGAAUGUAUAGAAAUUAUUAAACCGUGAUUGUUUCUUGGUCCACUAUAAAUGCCAGAAAUGUUAAAUACUUUGUCAGUAAAAUCAAAUAUAUGCAUAUUUUAAUCUUUACUUUAUAAUAAACUAUAAGAAUGACAUAAUGUCAUAACUGCUAAUAAAUGCAAAUAUAAAAGUUACUACCACUAUCUGUCACAUUUAUAAUCCAUUGAAAAUGUGUUUUCUAACCCUUAAUGAUAGGUAGGCAGCUCAAGAAUAAACACAAAUUAAUACUUGUUUUUUGUACUUGGGGUGGGCAGUUUUUUAACGUUUUGGAUAAAUGGUUAAAUUUAUAUAUUAUAAUACAUAUUUACAACUCUUACUAUGCAAUUAAUUAAUUAAACACAAGGAAUUCCUGGACUACAGGAAGUUGUUCUCUAUAUGUAAGUGUUUUUAUAUACCAUUAAGAACAUAAAAUAAACUGCAAGAACUG